UCAGGACGCUGCGAGGUCGGCCGGUUAUUCUGGUGAUUGGCGUCCAGCAGGAUUCACUAUGAGGGUUGUAGUGGUGUUGGUGUUGGUGUGUGCGCUCGCAGCUGUAACAGCAACUCCCUUGUUCGGCACGGAGCAGUGUGCCAAAGGCCCAGGCGUGUGGUGCGUGAAUAUCCGAACUGCUAAACAGUGCAGCGCAGUUACUCAUUGCCAGCAAACAGUAUGGAACAAACCAGUAAUGAAUUCUGCCCCGUGUGAAAUUUGCAAGGAAGUGGUUACCGUAGUAGCAAACUUCUUAAAAGACAACAUUACUCAGACUGAAACCCUGGAUCUUUUUAAUAAAGCCUGUGAGCUUCUUAAGGAUCCUUCAAUGAUUUCACAGUGCAAGCAACUGGUUGCAGAGUACUACCCAUUGAUUCUAGGCAUAAUUGAGCAAGAACUUAGCAACCCGAGUGUGGCUUGUUGUGCUAUUGGUCUAUGCAAAUCUUUACAGCAAUACUUGGCAAACCUGAAAUCUGUUCAGCUUACAACGAAUGAGAUUCCAGAUGUGGACUUGUCCAAGAUGGUGUCUCCUUUCUUGGCCAAUGUCCCCAUUCUUCUUAAACCCCAAGAGAAGACUGAUCUAACACCUAAGAACAAUGAUAUCUGCAAGGACUGUCUUCAGCUUGUUGGUGACAUGCAAGACCAACUCAAAAGCAACUCUUCUUUCUCCAAAAUGUUGAUUGAGAAUUUCCUGAAAGAAUGUGAACAGCUUGGUGGUGGACUUUCUGAAAUGUGCAAGACCUACGUUAAUCAAUAUGCUGAACUGGUUUUGCAAAUGGCGAUACAAUUGACAGCAAAUGAAAUCUGUUGUUAUGCCAGUCUGUGCUCCAAGGCUUCCCUUAGUCAGGACCUGAUCCCUGCCAAAGUAAUUGUUCCUGCAAUGAAACUGCAGCCAGCAAUAAAAGUUGCUCAGCCGGAAACCUCAAAUGGUGGUCCUCUCUGUGAAAUAUGUGAGCUGGUGGUGCAGAAUGUGGAAAAGUUUUUGGACACUAACCGAUCACGGGCCCACAUUAAAGAAGCUCUGGAUAAAGUCUGUGAUAUUUUGCCGUCCCAAUAUAGCAAAAAAUGUAAAGAUUUUAUUGAUACAUAUGCUGAUCUGGUCAUUACAAUUAUGGAAGAGGAAGGAAAUCCCAGAAUUAUUUGCAUGGCCAUGGGGUGUUGCAGUUCAAGAAAACCACAAAUCGUAAAACUCGAUUCUGAAAAAUUAAAGUCUGAAAGCUGUGAAGUCUGCAAGAUGAUUAUGUCGUAUUUGGACAGUGUACUGGGACAAAAUGCUACUAAGCAGAAAAUUGAGGAUGCAUUACAGAAGAUCUGCAAUUUCCUUCCAGAUCCAGUGCAAGAUCAGUGCCACGCUUUGAUAAACAUGUAUGGGCCUAUGAUAUUGGAAUUGCUUCUUCAAAAAAUGGAUCCAGGCACAGUUUGUGUGGGCCUAAAUGUGUGUCCAGGUGCCCAGAAACCCCUUUUAGGAUCAGAGAAAUGUAUGUGGGGCCCAAGCUACUGGUGCAAAGACUUGGAAACUGCAGGAAGUUGUAAUGCUAUUGAGCACUGCAAGCAUCAUGUUUGGAACUAG